GUGGACAUGUCAGAAGGAAACAAGACUCUGGUCGCUGAGUUUGUUCUCAGAGGACUUACAGAGAGAUCAUGGCUGCAGUUCCUCUUUUUCCUCAUGUUCUUGGUCAUCUACAUCAUCACCAUGGUGGGCAACGUUGGACUGAUGGCUCUUAUUUGGAAGGAUGCCCAUCUUUACAUGCCUAUGUACUUGUUCCUUGGUGGUUUAGCCUUUGCCGAUGCUUGUACUUCAACCUCUGUAACUCCCAAGAUGCUAGUCAAUUUCUUAGACAAGACUGCAAUGAUAUCCCUAGCAGAGUGCAUCACCCAAUUUUACUUUUUUGCUUCCAGUGCAACUACAGAAUGUUUCCUUCGGGUAGUGAUGGCCUAUGGCUAUGUAGCCAUAUGUAACCCCUUGCUUUAUCCAGUGAUAAUGUCCAACAGACUCUGCAUUCAGUUGAUAAUUAUUUCAUAUGCAAUCAGUUUUCUGCAUCCCCUGAUUCACAUGAGUUUGUUAUUAAGAUUAACUUUCUGCAGGUCUAACAUUAUUAUAAUAAUAAUACAUUAUUUCUACUGUGAAAUUUUACAACUAUUCCAAAUUUCAUCUAUUGACCCAUAUAUUAAUGCACUAAUGAUAUUUAUUUUUGCAGCUUUAAUACAAAUAUCCACUUUAAUGACCAUCAUAAUCUCUUAUCCUCGUGUGCUCUUCGACAUUCUGAAAAAGAAGUCUGAAAAGGGCAGAAGCAAAGCCUUCUCUACAUGCAGUGCCCACUUGCUCUCUGUCUCACUGUACUGUGGCACUCUCAUCUUCACCUAUGUGCGUCCUGCAUCCAGUCUAGACGAAGAUCAGGACAAACUGUAUUCCCUAUUUUACACUAUUAUAAUUCCCCCGCUAAACCCAUUUAUUUACAGCUUGAGAAAUAAAGAGGCUAUAGGUGCCUUGAGAUGA